ACGUCACGGGCGUAGAACAUCAAAAAAUAACAACAUCCAAAUCCGCGAUUCUCUCUCUUUUCUGUGUGUGUGCAAGGCGCAAUAAACUGUAAUAACAUCCGAAGCAGCUCCGUGUAGAAAGGCGGCGUGAAACGGGCUCGAAACUGCAGCGUUGCUCCCAGUCCAGUGUUUGCAGCUGAAGUUAGUACCGCUGGCGGAGUGAUAUUUGUUGGUUAUUUACAGUGCGUUUUAUAGCACGCGCUCAUGGUAUACAAGAUCUCGUGAAGAGUUGAAUUUGUUAUCGUUCACAAAUUUCCGUGUCUAUCUCGUCCCUGUCAAACCCCGACACCUCAACGAGACUGAAGGGAUUUAAGCAUACAGUCUACAAUCACCUGCCAAUUUACCUACUGAAACAAUUGAGCUGGCUGCACCGUAACCAAUGGUUCCGCCCCUGUGUUCCCUUUUCUGAAUUCUGAUUGGAACAAUGGAAUGUCAAUCUCAUCCAAACAAGUGACUGUGGGCAGGGAGGUUAAACGCAGCGCUGGAACUGAAGACGGCCGCAAAUAAGCAAGUCCUUGGAGAAGGUUUUUAAGUCAUGAUGCAAGAGUCGGGGACAGAGGCGACAAACGGAACAGCCAAUCAGAACGGCGCCGCACCUUGUGUGGAGAGACACAGAGAAGUUCAAUCCAAGAGCGCCACACCUUCCUCUGACAUCACAGCAUCUGACCUCGUGAACUUCCAGCAACAGCAGGCCUUACAAGUUGCACGGCAGAUCCUUCUCCAACAGCAACAGCAAAGCAGCGCCCUCAAGUCCCCUAAAAAUAAUGACAAGCAGCCUGCACCACAGGUCCCAGUUUCUGUUGCUAUGAUGACACCACAGGUCAUAACUCCUCAGCAGAUGCAGCAAAUCCUCCAACACCAAGUUCUGAGCCCCCAGCAGCUCCAGCUGUUACUGCAACAACAACAAGCACUGAUGUUACAGCAGCAACUCCAGGAGUUCUACAAGAAACAGCAAGAACAACUCCACCUUCAGCUCAUCCAGCAGCAGCAUGGCAGCAAACAGCAGAGUAAAGAGGUGUCUGCGCAGCAGUUGGCGUUCCAACAGCAGCUGCUCCAGGUUCAGCAGCUCCAGCAGCAGCAUCUCCUGAGCCUGCAGAGACAAGGGCUGCUGUCCAUUCAGCCCAACCAGACUCUGCCCCUGCACUCCCUCACUCAGGGCAUGAUUCCAGUCGAACUGCAGCAGCUGUGGAAGGAGGUGACAAACAGCUAUGUGAAGGAGGAGAACAGCGCGACCAAUAACGGUCACCGGGGUCUGGACCUGUCGUCCCCCUCCCCCGUUCCCCUCAAAAACCACAACCAGCAUGGAUCCACCAACGGCCAGUACAUCAGCCACUCGCUUAAGAGAGAGGGAUCAGCGUUGGAUGAUCAUUCACCUCAUAGUCACCCUCUCUACGGUCACGGCGUCUGUAAAUGGCCAGGAUGUGAAGCUGUAUUUGACGAUUUUCAGUCGUUCCUGAAACAUCUGAAUAAUGAACAUGCCUUGGAUGACAGGAGCACAGCGCAGUGCCGGGUACAGAUGCAAGUAGUUCAACAGCUGGAAUUGCAGUUAUCAAAAGAUAAAGAGCGUCUCCAAGCCAUGAUGACUCAUCUUCAUGUGAAGUCUACAGAGCCCAAACCCACCCCACAGCCACUGAACCUGGUGUCCAACGUAACUUUGUCCAAGACAGCUCCCGAGGCCUCGCCGCCCCUCAGCUUACCCCAGACACCCACCACCCCGACUGCCCCCCUCACGCCGCUCUCACAAACCCACUCUGUUAUCACCCCCACCAGCCUGCACAGUGUCGGUCCCAUGCGCAGACGCUACUCGGACAAGUACAACAUGCCUAUAUCUCCAGAUAUUGUCCAGAACAAAGAGUUCUAUAUGAAUGCUGAAGUACGACCUCCUUUCACAUACGCUUCGUUAAUACGACAGGCAAUACUAGAGUCGCCGGAAAGACAGCUAACACUAAACGAGAUCUACAACUGGUUCACGCGAAUGUUUGCAUAUUUCAGACGCAAUGCAGCGACGUGGAAGGGUGCUGUGCGCACCAAUCUCUCCCUGCAUAAAUGCUUUGUAAGAGUUGAGGAUGACUUUGGGUCCUUUUGGACCGUAGACGAUGAAGAGUUUAAACGCGGCCGCCACAUACAACGAGGUCGCCCCAGGAAGCAUGCGGCGGACGAAAGCUGUGAUGAUCUGCCUGUACAAAGUCCAGCUCUGGUAAAGAACAUCCAUACCACUUUGGGAUAUGGUCCCGCCCUUUCUGCAGCCUUCCAGGCUUCAAUGGCAGAGAACAACAUACCUCUAUACACUACCGCUUCCAUCGGAAGUCCCACUCUUAACUCGCUUGCCAGCGCCAUCCGAGAGGAAAUGAAUGGGGCCAUGGACCACGGGAACAGCAACGGUAGUGACAGCAGCCCUGGACGCUCACCCCUGCCAGCUAUGCAUCAUAUCAGCGUAAAAGAGGAGCCACUGGACCCUGAGGAGCACGAAGGCCCCCUUUCGCUCGUGACAACAGCCAAUCACAGUCCAGACUUUGACCACAACAGAGAUUACGAGGACGACCAUGGGAACGAGGACAUGCUGUAAGCCUGGUUUCUCCCAGGUCCUCUGCCGAAAAGGCCAUACUAACUGCGGUCACAUGCGAGACCACUCCAGAUAUAGACUGGAUUCACAAUUCUCUUGUUGACAGCUAUUAAAAAUGUUUCCGAUUUACUCUUAGUGCCAUUAAAUACAAAACGAAAUACGAGAUAAGAAAAUCUAUUCCAUUUGGAAGUAUUUUUGAUUUGUUUCUACUUUUCGUUUAAAAGACGAGAUGCAUCAAUUUCUACUCAUCAUCUGAUGAAGAGACAUUUGGUACUGGGGCCUGCUUCUACUUCGUUUUGGCAUAAGUGUCACUGAGACCAGAGCGGACAUGAAAACACAGCUGAGAAAGACUCA